CGAGUGCACCUCAGCCCUCAACAGACGCUUUAUAUUCCUCUGCGUCACAGCUGGGGACGCUGCAUUUCGUCACUAAGGAGUCUGGUUGGGCAGUCGCAGGCAGGAGGAACUUGCUGCUCGUCCAGUUGGCAAACUGACGAAGUUGUCUUCCGAAACUUGAAGGCUCAAAACAAAACCACUAUGACUUCGACGAACAUGUUCCAGGGGUUGGAGACUGGGUCGAAACCAAGCUCAAGGGUGUUGCAGCCUCCUGGAGGUGGCUCUAGUAACCUGUUCGGUGGCUAUGAGGAUGAUACAGCAUCAAGAAGACCCAAUAAGAUGGCCUCUAAACUUUUUGCUCCACCAGAGGAACCCCAGAAUGUACCAAGACGCUCUAAUCCUCCAGGUGGGAAGAGUAGCGGAAUAUUUGGGGAACCUCAACCUCCAGCUCAACAACAGAGACCCAUACCUCCAGGUGGACGUACCAGCAACAUAUUUGGGGCUGCAGAAAGUGCACCUGUCCAAAGCCCAACCCGAAGCCACCCAAAUAAGCCAAAGGACAAUCUAAGUGUGGGACCUGAAACUAAAUCAUCAGUGCCCGAGGCCAAGGUCAGCCAACCUGAGGUGAAGGAGGAAACUGUCGCCCCCGUUGUCGUGCCAGCCAAAGAGGAACCUGCUGCUGCUCCUGCCCCUGCCCCUGCCCCUUCCCCCUCCCCUGCCCCUGCUCCUGCUCCUGCCCCUGCCGCCGCUGCUGCUGCUGUCCCCCCUUCUUCAGAGCCAGCACCCACUUCUUCCUCCUCUUCUUCAGUUCCUGACGAGACUUUGAAGAACCACGAGCCUCACCUGGGACCCAAACCUCGCUCUCACAACAAGGUCCUGAACCCCCCCGGAGGAAAGUCUAGUGUGGUAUUCUACUGAUCAGCUGAAUACACCAGUCCUCCCUGUUCGUUGUUUGCUCUCCUGUUAAUCUUCUCUCAUUCCAACACCCCUUCCCCCCUCACGGUCAUUUCACAUUUUCAACUAAUCAAAGAUUAGGAAUUUUUGUGUUGACAACAGAUUCCUGGUCUUAUGUUGCCCUCAACUUCUUGCACUUUCAGCUCCUAUCUGGUUUCCAGCUCUCUGCUCAAUUCUUCCUGUACCUUGAAACCUGCAGUCAUACAAUCACAAACCGUUCAAUCAACAGGCUAACUAUUACCCAAUCACUUUAACUGUUAAGUCAUAUUGUGGUUACUGUUCUCACACUUUUUUUUCUUUUGCAUGUGUAAAUGUAGUUGAAGGCACAAUUACUUUUCAUUUUGAAAACAUGUUUUGCAUCUCAAGAAUUGUUUAGACAUCAGAAGAAUGUUUGUGCGAUUUCUCAGCUUUAAACAGUCCUGAACUCAAAUGAUUUUGUGUAACCAUUAUUAAAAGCAUAAAUUCAUUGCAGACAUUUGCUCAAAUUGCAAGAUGCCUAUUUUAAACCUUGGUAUGCUGGCUUUCAGUCAGGAGGGGGUGAACAGAUGUUCUCACCAAUGUAAAAUGUUUCAGGGAGUUCCACGAGUGCCACCUUUUUCACAAGCUACCAGGUCCUUAUUCAAUCACAGCAUAAAAUCUUUUUUUUUGGAAGUUUAUUUUCAAAGUAAAAACGCGUUAGACAUCAGUGACUUACCCAAAAAUCAAAAGCCUUGCAUCAGCCGAGCAUUCACUCUCUCGCCUUCCCAUCAGUUGUGACUUAAUUUAGCUCCCUCUCAUCUCAACAUGUGUCUCAUAUAAAUGAUCUGCUGUCAGAGCCCAAACUCUGUUCAGGGAGAGACGCCAAAAAUUGACAUUGAAACAAAGACGAAUGAAAAUGUUUACUCCCAAAUAUUUCUGCUUCCUUUUUAAAGGUAUUUUGAUUCCAUUUUGAUUUUAUGCGAAUGUAUUGUGCAGGUACUUUUCUGCUUUGUCCUCAUUGCUUGCUUUCUGAGAACAUGCCUUUAAUUUGCCUGGGGUAGGCCUCUGUUUAUGUUUUAAAUUAAAACGGCUGAAGACAAGUGACCUCUGGACAAGCACGUGGCCUAUCUUGAGUCCAGGUGGGCUCAUUAAUAAUCACCUCUCCUCCCACUUCAUGAUGCACAUUGAUGGUAUUCUGGUGCCAGCCUGUCCCCUGUAUGUUGAUGUGCCUGGCAGGCAAUGAGCGCAGCAGAAGAAAGAAAUCCUGUGUAUUGCAAUAAAAACUGUUGUUUUGCAUUUGGAGUUUGUUAUUUCAAUGUUUUUUGGAAAAUGAACAAAAUAAACA